AACUCCUCGGAGAUGCCGGAGACCAUCACCAGCCGGGACGCUGCCCGCUUCCCCAUCGUGGCCAGCUGCACCCUCCUGGGGCUCUACCUCUUCUUUAAGAUAUUCUCUCAAGAGUACAUCAAUCUUCUGCUUUCCAUGUAUUUCUUUGUGCUGGGGAUCCUCGCCCUGUCCCACACCAUCAGCCCCAUGAUGAACAGAUUCUUCCCUGCAAAUUUCCCCAACAAACAGUACCAGCUCCUCUUCACCCAGGGCUCCGGGGAGAGCAAGGAGGAAAUUGUCAACUACGAGUUUGACUCCAAGGACCUGGUGUGCCUGGCUCUGAGCAGUGUGGUGGGGGUCUGGUACCUGCUGAGGAAGCACUGGAUUGCCAACAAUCUCUUUGGGCUGGCCUUCUCCCUCAACGGGGUGGAGCUGCUGCACCUCAACAACGUCAGCACGGGCUGCAUCCUGCUCGGGGGCCUCUUCAUCUACGACGUCUUCUGG